ACUUUGAAUUCGUUAAGAGGUGUUACCCGUUGUUUGGGACGCUGUUUACUGAAUUAUCUUCAGAAUAAUAUAAUGUAAAGAUUAAAGGCAAUAAUAAUGGCAAAUAAAAACAUGUUAUCGAAGAAAAAGGUGACAAAAAUAAUAUAAAUUGCAAGGUUUUAAAACAAGAUAUUAUACAUAUGUCAUAUUCCAUAUAACUAAGAAAAGAAUACUAAGUAAUUACACUUACUCUUACUUACACUUUUAAAACGACUAAUUUAUUUAUCUACUUCAUUAUCUACUUAAACUUAGUUGGUUUAACCCUCAUAUUUUAGUAGUAAUAAAAUAAUGUUAUCAUAGUUAUGCCUUUUAUAGCACACCCAGACAUGAAUUAAAAUUAUAAAUUAUUCUUUGUGUUAAAUAUUUAAAAUUAAAAAAAAACAGGUUUUGGCUUUUUGUAAACAACAAUCUUUGUUACGUAAUUAAUUGUAAUUUUUUUCCUUAAGUCUUUUUACUUUUUAUUUUAUUUAAAAUUUCCUCUGUUAUAACAGAUUACGGAGUCAGCUAGUUUAACUCUGACAGCAGUAGCCCUUCAAGACCAUUGGUCACGGACAUUAUCAUUAGGUCCAAAUUAUGGCCCUAAAAAAAUUGGUCUGGGUCCAGCAGCUCGAGCAAAGCAGAAGAAUGAAGUAAAAGCCAUUGUAGAUACUGGAAGACACAGAGGUCAUUAGUAUAGUCAUUAUCAAUCUUAUUGUAAUCACUAAACAAAAAUAGCAAAUUAAAUAUUAAUUAUAUGAAUAUGUUUAUAUUACAUUGUUAGGUUUGGCAAUGUCAAAAGUGGUGUUCUUUUCAAUAUAUCCUAAGAUAUUUUUCAAUAAUAAUUGGUUCCUCAUGUAUACUUUUCCAUUUCCUCUUGAAGUAAAAAAAAGUAUUCCUAGUGUUGAUAUGAAAGAAAGAGAAUAUGUCUUGGAUGAGAAACCUCCACCUCUAACAUUGGGUGAGAAAAAUAUAAAAUAUGUUGAAAAAUUAGCUACUUUCAAUAUUAUGGAUGGUUACAUUAAUUUGUCUCUAUAUGUAAUUUGUAAUACAGAUCAGUAUGUUUUAAUUUACCCUUGUACUUGAACAAAGUACAUUAAAUUCAUACAGGCUUAAUUCCUCUCAACCUAUUCUACUAAUAUGAAUUAAACAACACAUGCAAAUAUUGAUCAUUUAAACAAUCUAUGUGAAAACAAGAUUAUUUGAACUUUGAUAAGAAAACUAUUGUCUCAUAUCAUACCUUUAAAUAUUUAAGAAAAUAUAAUAUUAUGGGAAUAUUGAAAUAAAUACAUUUAUAAAGAUUUGAUCAUAUUUAAAAGACACAUCUUGCAUUAUAUUAUUUACUUAAUGAAUCUUUUUAAUUUGUAAAUUUCUUUAAUAAAAUUAUUAAAAUUGAACUCUUUAUUGUUUGUCUCAUAAUGUUUUAAAAACUUUUAAACUGUUUAUUUUUGGUUUAAAUUAAUCAUGGGCUUUCUAAACCAAUGUGUGCUGAAAUUUUGUGAUCAGAAGUAAAAUAUCGAGCACUUUAUUCCAGCACAAAAGUUUGGUUUAGUACAUGCUCCAAAGCAGCUGCUCUCAGAACAAGAAUGGAAUACAGUAAAAGCAAAGUCCAACCAACGUGAUGACUCUCAGGAGCCUUGUGUUAUUUGUAAAGAGGAUUUUGGGCUACAGGAACAAGUGAUUCUGUCAUGCACACAUGUUUUUCACAGAGCAAGUACAACUUACAGGCAUUUUAGUUUAAUUAUAAUUUAAAUCGUGUUAGUAUUAAAUGUUAAUCAAUGAGAUAAAAUUGUACAAAAAAGACUCAUUUAUUUAAAUAUUGUAGUGAUUUUUUUUUUGCAAUGCAUUGGUCACUAGAGUGAUAUAUGUGAUAUAUUACAUGUCUGUUGUAAAAUGUUUAAAUACUGUCACAGGCUUGUCUACAAGCCUUUGAGAGAUUCACAGGCAAGAAGACAUGCCCUAUGUGUCGCCAUGAACAGUAUCAAACAAGAAUAAUUCAUGAAGGUGCUCGACUUCAUAAACACAGGAGUGCAACAAAGUAUGUUGAGCAUAUAUGCUCUUCAGUCUUAAAAUGUUGAUAAUGAUCUUUUGUGCAAUUGUCUUUGGGAUAUUCAAUUAAUCAUUAAACAGUUAAUAAAAUUUAGAUUAAAAAAAAAAAGAAAAAAAAAAAAAAAAAAAAAUAUUUUUAUUUUUAAAAAAAAAAAAAAAAAAAAAAAAAAAAAAAUUUUUGUGCAAUUGUCUUUGGGAUAUUCAAAUAAUCAUUAAAAAGUUAAAAAAAAUUAAAUUAAAAAAAAAAAAAAAAAAAAAAAAAAAGGAAAAUUGUUUUUAUUUUUAAAUAUAGUAAAACAUUGAAAGAAAGAGAAAAGAUCUUAUUGCUAGUCAAAGUCCAAAAUUAAGUCAUGGAUGAAUAUCAACACAUUUGAGGCCAUACCUAAAAACAAUGAGCUCAUUUAAAUUAAAUUAAAAUACAAAUGAAUGCAUGAAAUAAUUAAAACUAAAUUUCCAAGGAAUGUUGUUGAUAGAAAGUCCACAUUAUUUAGUAAAGAAUUUUCAAUAUCUUUAGAAAUGAAAUUGUUUUUGUCAAAUCAAGUUUUCUUAAAAUCGAUCAUUAUCUCAUAAACUGUUUACGGUGCAAUAUUUGAUCCGGACAACAUACAUGAAACUUAUUUUUAGUGUUAAGUUACUUAUAUUAAAUAUUUAUUUAAUUAGUAUUUUUUCUUAGAAUCCAGUCUCUAUGGCGAGGUUAUGUUGUGAGAUGUUGGUAUAAACAACUGCGUGAAACUGUUCCACCAAAAGAUAUGAAACUGAGGAAAAAAUUCUAUGAAGAGAAGGUAAAUAGAAAUUGUUCAAAUUUACUAUAAACGUAAUAUAUUUUUUAUUCUUGCAUUCCUCUUGCUCAACUGGUUUUUGAAGCAACUGGCAUGGAAAACACUUCUGCUGCCAUUCAAAAUACAUAAAAUCUGAUAUUUCUUUUAAAACACCCACAACUAGUAAUGGCAGCAAAUACAAUUUUCUAGGUCAUAUGCACCUCAGAGGGUGCUUUCACCUCUGGUUAAGAACCACUGUUCUAGGUAUAUUUUUCUGACACAGGUACAGUAAUUUGAUAUCCAUGGGAGGUGAAUUUUUUAAAGGUUUGUAAAGAACAGUAGUGGACAGAGGGAUUUAUUUAGGGGCGGGUGAAGAGGUUUAUGAUAUUAGAGUUGUGGGGAGUGGUCUAGCUUUGAGGGAUGAUUUAUGACUUUGGUGGCAGGGGGGGGGGGGGGCGGCAAAAAUCUGCAAGAUUUGUGUUUCAUUAUUUAAGGAUGGCCCCUAAAUUAGAUGUCAAUCAUUUCUUUUUUUUUCUUUAUUUCAUUUUUACUUAUUACAAAAUUUAUACAAACACAAAUUUCAUCUAUAAGCAGAUGAAACUAUGGUUAUUAGAAUUCUUUUAAUCUGACUAAAAAUGUAUUGAAAUGUUUUUUUGAUUUUUUCACCAGUUGUCAGCCAUUGUUGAAAGAAUGAUUAAAUCAAUUGAUGUCAACAUAACAGAGUUUAUGAGGGAAAUAGACAACAGUGUACAGCUCAGCCGGGCAGCAUUUAGUCUCUGGGAUGCAGCACAUCAGGAAAUCUCCCCAGAGAAAUGGGAUGCCAUCCAGCUCAAGGUAAAACUAGAACAAGAAAAAAAAUGUGGAAACAUACCUAAAUGUAAAGCCAGAGUAGUUUAACUCAUACUUCAUAAAAAUAUGAACAUUGCUCAUGUUAAUACCAACUUUCAGAUAUUAAAAAAAUAUUUGAGCCUUUUAACAGAAAUUGUCUACAUCAAAUCUAGGUAAAUUCUUCUAACUGCAUCUUUACUUUAUGAGAGGAGUAGCCCAUCUUACACUUAUAAUUUCAUUAUAAUAUUCAUUAGCUCAAUAAACCUUUACGUGUUGGUAAUAUCAGAAGCCUAUGUAAAAAAAAUAUCUUUAUCUUGACCUUCACAGGCUGUUGAGAGAGGAGACGUUGAUUGCCCAAUUUGCCUUACUGAACUCCAGCUAGGUAAUGGCUUCGCCACUAAUGCCUUCAACAGCACAUCACCCAUCUCUGAAAACAGCUGCACAACCAAGUCUGCUAGUUCAGCCAAAGCCACAACCUACUCAAGCAGCCAUUUAAGGAGGAAGAGUCUAGAUAAAAAACUCUUGACAAAACUGAGCAAAGUCGCCAUUCCCAAUGGAGUAGAUUACCUAGGAAAUGAUGAGGGUAGACCAGAGUCUGUAUUUCCUGGAAACAAACCUGAUGAGAUGGGUGAGGGGAGUUCACAGUUGGCCAUCACCUACCCACAACAGAUUAGGAGCACUGUGCUGUUGUCCUGUACACAUGUAUUUCAUACAACCUGUCUAAAAACAUUAGAAGAGAUUGCUAUGGUUGAUUUGAAGAAUAUUUGUCCUGUUUGCAGGGCCCAUUACCAAAAGAAAAUUAUUGUCUAUUAAAAAUUAGAUUGCUUUCUGAGCCUUUUAAUUUAAUAUUGCCCCAAGUGCUGAACAUGGUGCAUGUUUGGGAAUGAGAUUUACUUGAAAUU